AUGGAGCCUUCCUUCGAUACAAUGACAAUGCCGUACAUGGCGAGUCCGCUCUCGCUGAGCCACAUGCAGAGCACCGACUAUCUGAACUCAUUGCCCGGUCUGGAUCUUCCCGACCAGCGCUCUAAUUUCGACGCCGAAACAUUCAUUAGUGGCGACGACAUGAGCUUUUCACAGGCCAACAUGUCUCAAUUACGACGCUUCAGCUCGUACGAAGACGCUUUCCCAGCACCCCCGGAAUUGUUACCACCAUUCGAGACCGCACCCGCCGAACAACAGAGUAGCGACUCCAUUGAAGGUAAUCACAAGCUACUCUCGUUUUCUCUGCCUGUCUACGGUUUCACACUGCUCGAUUACUCCCUCCGUCGUACGUCGUUGAAUGUAUCCGCUCAACUGCAUGGGAUGUUCUUUCUCGCGGAGUCACCAUGGACCAAUUCCCCCAACGAGGUCCCACCGCCACACGUCGCAGAGCUCACCUGCUAUCGGAGAAAUCUGUUUCAGAUCACCGGUUCUGUGACUUUACCCCGAAGUCUCCGGUAUAUCAUGACCGAGCAGGGAGAUCGCAUCCCCAUCCUCGCUCAAGAAUUGACCGUGUCUGCGACAGAGUCUGUGGAGGGAAACCCUGUUAAAAUUAUUUCCGUGCCUUGGAAAACACCAGCAGCCGCCGCUGCAAACGGUAGUGCUGUGGCUCCCGCUCCCGCUCCCGAAGAAAAGGCCGAAAAAGAGCCUCCAUCGAUACCUUUGGAUACCAUGGCUGCUGGACAGGACAUGGACUCAGAUUAUGCGACUUUCCCUAUUGCCUGGAAACGUCUUCAAUUCCGGAUAGCUACCGCCAACAAUGGCCGUCGCAAGGAGCUACAACAACACUUUGUCGUUCGUCUCAAGGUUGUAGCAACACUCUCGACCGGGGCCAAGAUCCCGAUCUGUGAGGUGCAUUCUGGACCAGUCAUUGUCCGUGGGCGUAGAUUCCACGCAACUUCCUAUCUCGAAGGACCUGCCUCUUAG